AUGCCGUCAAACAAGGUGCUUGCCGCUACUGGCGCUGUGCUUGCGUCAGCUGCCUUAAUUGGCACUAUUGUCGUCAUGCGCUCUCACAAGAAGGGCACUGAGGACGACGACGACGCCUUCUCCGCACCAGUGAGUAGCGUUUCGCAGUCAAAGAAGCAGAUUUUUUCAGCACCUAAAGCUGUUUCUCGACCUACCGAGUCUUCCACAUCGGAGGUGCCUUUGUCACAGAAGCCAAAGACAGCGCUACCAGCGCAGCCCGCUACCGCGAAGAAGGAUGCUUCAGCGCCGGCUGUGGUCAAUAUGCUUACAGUAUCUGACCCAGCAGCGUUGCUUCUUGAUGAAGCUUUGGAUGAGCUGAAGCCAGCGAUACCAGACGCUAUUGGAGAGGGGACUAAGGUGGUCAGCAAACCGGCAACCACCAAUGUGGCGACUGUGGAUAGCUCUGAUCGCAAGGUUUUCCAGCACCUCGGUAUUUCGAUGAAAGUGCUGGAGGGCUGGGAGGUGCGAGAGGAGCUAUCACCGAUUCCGAAUGUGGCGAUGGUAACGGUGUGGAACCCAGAAUUUGAGCAUUUCCCGAACGCUGAAAUGCCCGGCGCCGUGCCGGUGAUUAUUCUCUCCGUAGAGGAUAUUCGUGGCGAGAACCUAAACCUCACCGAGUUCAAGGACCGCUCAAAGGACCUAUCGAUGCAGCAGAUGCUUAUGAUGACGGGUGGCGUUGUGCAGCCGGCCGUGCGCAAGGAUAGCACCGUGCAAGAGGGUUCGUUUCGCCACAUUCUCGAAUACUCUCAGAGCAUGCCCCCGUUUUUCGACCUAUCCGUUAUCAAUUUGUUGGAGGUGCGCAACGGUGUCGCCUACGUGUUUCAGAUCAUGUGCAACCCGAAAAUCAUGAAUCAGUACCGCCAGAUCUUCAUGCAACUAGCGCGCGACAUCGUGGUUACCCCGAUGGACUCCAGCUCCCUGGGCUUCUUUCGUGUGCACACUGGUAAGGUCUCCAUGGACAUCGAUACCACCUGGAGCUGGGAGUACCCGGCUCCCGGCGAUGAGGCAACACUCUAUCUCGCCAAGUUUCAGCUCGUGUCCACCGUGAAGAAGGAGGAGAUUACAUUGUACGAGGUGAACAAGGUCCCGACGACAGCGCACAAGCAGCGCAAAGAGAAAGUGAUAGACGGUGUCACGAUUUGCUCAGCCUUUGAUGGUACACAGGAGAAGAAAACAUUCACCUACAACAACUACUGCCUCGUUGUGAACCCGCAACAGAAGGCCAUCUCGUACCUCUCCGAGGCAGCUCUGGUGCGCGCCGUGAAGAGUGUGGCGCCAUCGACGGAAGCGCCGAAGCCGAAGUGCGGUGCAGCCUUUAUCACGACAGAGUACGGCUACACCUUCGAUGCUAUCGGCUCUAGCCGUGUCGUCUCAACGAAGUUGGGCAACGGCACUGUUGUGUACGCGCCACAAGGCAUUCCGUCGGACCCGUCCAAGGCCGCGUCGCCCGAGGAGACCGGACCGACUGUCACCAUCCGCAUUGGCAAGCCGGAGACGGACACUGACUGCAUGGGUAGCAUUGAGGAGUGGGCCACCCGCAUUCAGGAGGAGGCCGCGAACGGCACCAUCACGAAGAUCCAGGUCGUACGGCUGAAGGAACAGGACUGCCUCACCUUCCUGUCCAAGGAGAUGCAGGAGGUGUCGCCAAAGGAAAAGGUGGAGGUAGUCGGCAAGGUUUUCAUUUUUGUCCGCAAUGGCACGACAACGCUUGUACGCUGGGAGAGCGCGACGGGUACAUGGCGUAAGUACGAGCGUGACAUGGACGCAUUCCUCGAGUCCUUCCAAUUCCUUGAGGAGUCGGCGUAG